AUGGUGAAAGCAGAUUUUGAUCGGGAUUACUAUGCUGAUCUCGAAAUUGAGCAAGGCGCUUCAAUAAUCGAAAUCAAGAAGCAAUUCAGAAAACUUGCUCUCGUGUAUCAUCCAGAUAGAAAUUUGGGAAAAGAAAUCGAUAUCACUGCCAAAUUUCAAGCUAUACAAUCCGCGCACGAAGUUCUUACAGAUCCGUCAGAGCGACAAAGAUACGAUGAUGCCCGAUCCAGAUUUAGAUACACAUCAGCUUCAGCUUUCAGAUCUACGAAAGGCAAUCCUUAUUCAAAUUAUGGCUCGGAAUACCCUCGUCCACCCAAACCACCACCUUAUCGACCUAAUAGAAAUCCUCCACCGCAAUCUGCGGGUGCAGCGAGAUACUCGACUUUUCAAACACCGAAACAAUCAGCCAGCGCGGCGGCACAAGAGGGGCCUGAGGCAAGGAAGAGUACAUUUAAUGCAUGGGAGAGCAUGAAGAGUCAGCAAAAAACACCAUCUACUUCUAAACCUGGUCCAGGCUCGACAUGGAGCGCACCAAAAGCAGUGCCCAAAGAGUACGUUCCUCAAUCUGGCCGAGAAGAGAGCAAUAGCUUCAAGCAUGCUGCACCUCCAAGACCUAAACCAGGCUUUGACGAGUUCAGGUCUGGUGCAUACAAUGGACGCAACCCAAGUAACCCUGCACCCCCAACACCGAAAAGAACUGGGUUCAUGCCGAGUAAUCCAGGUGCGGACGAGCCAUCUGCAGGAAAAGGCAAUUACUCCACCUCCCGUGUCAAUAGAAGUGUGCCGCCACCACCACCGCCACCAAGAGAGGCUCCGUCGUUCGAACAAGAGCAUGAGCAAGAGUAUACUCCAGCUACGGCUCCGCCGGUUAAUCAUAAUACCCGUCCAUCGGCGAAGACAAAUGAUCCUUUGCGACAAUUCAGGGCUGAAGAAGAGCCAUCCUACGAGCCUCGAAUUAGUACACCAUAUGCCAAUGCUGGCGGAGAAAAGUUAGACCCAUUUGAUGCAGCCAACUUAGGCAGAUCGAAGAGCACUCGAGAAGGUGGUUUUGCGGAACCAAAAACUAGAAAGCCUGUUCCCAGGGCAGGAUCUGAUCCCAAUCUGGCCUCGCCACGUCCAAAUGGUACUCCAAAGCCCGCACAGGCAUCUGCAACCUCGCCCGAUUCAUCAGAUUCAGGAAAUGGCCCGGAGAUUGAUCUCCAAAAACCACGAGUAUUUGCCAAAACUAGGAAACCUACACCAAUCCAAGAGCAAAGAAAGCCAGAUGCUGCUACACCAGGAACGCCAAAUCAAAGCAAGCCGAGCUCUUUCGGGGACUUUCAGCAAUGGCGGGAGGACAAUCCCAACCCAACAUCCCCGAUUGUUAACCCUGGUGCAAAUGGACCUCCAGCCCAAGAAGAGCCCAAACGCCAAUCCUCAAUGUAUGAAACUUCUUCUAGUUACGCUGCUUCUGACCCCAAGGAGCGGCCCAAUCAUGUCAAACUUGCAUCAUUUUCUGGAACCCCUCUGCGUCAACCCCUUUCCUACUCUAAACGCAUGCAGGAUGUAUACAAAGAAAAGUAUCCUGGAUCUUUCACUACUCCCAGAGUAAAUCCAACUGCAUCGCCUCCUAGUGGAGGUUCUUCUCAUUCUUCAGAUGGUCUUCAACAUGGCCAGAAGGAUGAAUUGCAUUGUAAUAGCGACGCAUCCCCCCAAAGGCUGAAUGCUUUCGAGGCUGCUCAACAUAACCUCGUCGAUCAAUUGUUAGUCAACAAGGAGCGGGCCAAGAAAUAUCAUCAAAACGGUCAUGUGAAGCCAGUCAAGAGUGCCAACCACCAGGUUCAUUAUGAUAAGGCCCUAUAUUCGUUCAAAAUGCCGUCGGCUGAGACGAGUAACUCUAUCAAGAAGCCGGAUUUUGUCACUAAGUCUCAAUCUGCUUUUUCAGUUGGCGAUUCGCGUUUAAAUUCUUUGUUAUUGGACAAGUUAAAUGCUCAUGCUAAUCUCAAUUCUCAAAACAGCUUCUCUAUUAAAUUAGAUGAUGAAACAUUCUCUCCUACUCGACCAAACACCUUUCCUAGAGGUAGUGCAGACAACAUCAACACUAAAUUUUCAUCCGAAGAGUGGCAUGGAAAAUUCGAAGCUGGUGGUGAUUAUUUUGUACCAGAGCAGAAGACUACUCAGAUACCACUUUACUCUCGUGUUCGCACCCAGUCACGUACUCGAUCAAGAGGCCGUUCUCCUGUCAAAAGCCGCUCCGCUGAUUCGAAACCGUUCCCAGCGUCAAGACCCGACGCAGAUACACCAAUCGAAUCUCCUGGUGGCACCAAGUUUUCUGCAAAGGAUUGGGCAGAAACAUUCAGGCCUCAAACAUUCGCUCCUCCAUCAAUUCCGUCGCCUACUAAACCUUCUGUUCUUCCACGAGUUGGGUCUCGUAAACAAAGAGUGCCUAUUGCUAAGGCUACUGUCGGUUCUGCUACUAUAGUUAUUGAAGAUGAUAGUGAUAGCUCAGAUGUAAAGCCAACCUUUUUUAAGGGCAGGAUUCCAAGGGUUCCAAAACCUCCAGCUAGUCCAGAUGCAAUGGAUGUCGAUUCUCCUCCCCCGGCUACACCGACGGCUACCGAUGGACUCAAAAUCAACACCGAGCCACUCAAGAGAGCUGCCGCCCCAUCUCAAUCUCCAGUCGAUGAAGAGAGUUUGAAGGUCGAGUUUGAUGAUUUGAACAUUAAAGAACUGCUUUCUUCCCUUGCGCUACCAAAGCCUCCUACUGCUCCAAGAUGUUCCCAUGAAUCAAAUACAGCAUUGUCGCAAGGUAUUUAUUUAUCGUCAUUCACAGCUUACAUGGGCGACUGGGACCUUUUCGCGAGUCGCAUGAUGCUACAUCUUGUUGCACGCAGGAACCAAAAUGACACACUAGGAUCAAAUCGCUGGGAGAAGUCUCAGGGUCUCGACAUCUACAGACGUGGUCUCAAAGAGGACGGAGCAGUUAUGAGUCACUGGGUUGCGGCAAUGGCGAGUCAUGAUCAAGCUAUGAAAGAAUAUGCUAUCCAUAAGGAACGUUUUAAUUUGGCCGAAGGCCGUGAGAGGGAGAGGCCAAGAAAGAAGACACACUGA